ACAUUAGUUUAAAGUUGUUUGUGUCCGAAAUCACGCAUACGCAUAUUUCAAGUUAUAUCAUCCUUAUCGUCUUCCAUCAAUUAAUUUUUUAGACAAAAAAAAAUAAAAACCUUAUCCCUUCUCUCUCCCUCUCUCUCUUCUGCCAUUGCUAUUCCUACGAUUCUCUGUGUCUCUGUGAUUUGAGGAUCCAACCCCAAAGUUGAUGAGACAUCGACCCAAAAACAAAAGCAAAGUUUUUUUUUUUUAAUCCGACCAAACUGGUAAGAAAAUUUCUGGAGAUUCGGUGAUGGAGGUGAUGGAAGGAGGAGGAACAACGUUCUCAAUCGAAGACUCUGAAUACGGAAGCGAUCUGACGACAACGAUGAGAGACAAAGCUUCCUCAUCCUCCUCGUUUGAUACAGUGAACGAUGAAGGAGGCGGUUUGAGUCGUGUCGGAAGCGGUGUCUGGUCAGGACAGACGGCUGAUUAUUCAUCGGAAAGUUCAUCGAUCGGAACUCCGGGAGAUAGCGAGGAGGAAGACGAAGAAAGCGAUGAUGAUUCAUCUAAAGAAUUAGGGCUUCGAGGAUUGGCUUCAAUGAGCUCUCUUGAAGAUUCUCUCCCUAACAAAGGGUUAUCGAAUCAUUACAAAGGGAAAUCGAAAUCGUUUGGGAAUUUAGGAGAGAUCGGGAGUGUUAAAGAAGUACCGAAACAGGAGAAUCCAUUGAAUAAAAGAAGAAGGUUACAGAUCUGUAACAAGUUAGCAAGAAGAUCGUUUUAUUCGUGGCAAAACCCUAAAUCUAUGCCUCUUUUGCCUGUAAACGAACAUGAAGAUGAUGAUGAUGAUGAAGAGGAGGGAGAUGAUGGAGAUCUGAGUGAUGAAGAGCGAGGAAGAGGAAGAGGAGGACUUAUUGCAAGAAACUCAUCGUUCAAGAACAGAGCAUUCAAGUCUAGGAGUUGUUUUGCUCUAUCAGAUCUGCAGGAAGAAGAAGAAGAUGAGUGAUUUGAUUAAUUUAAUCCAAUAAUGCAAAUCAUGAUUUUUCUUUCUUUGUUCAUAGUUUCUUUUUUUUUUCUUAAUUCGUCGAAUUAAUGUUUCUUUUUUUUUUCUUUUAAUUCGGGAAAUUAAGUUAUUAUAUUAUGUCGAUGGGAGAAAAGUAAUCAACUACGUUAGUGUUUGUUCCUUUCUUUCUGCUGAUCUGUCUAUUGUCCUUUUUCCAUCAAUCUCCACAUUAUCUUGAUUCUUUAUCUAUUUUUUAUUUUAUUUAAAAAAGUACAAGUCAAUAUAAUGU